UAACAAACAAUUAGCAAUAAUAAGAAUAAUUUAAAUAGGAUAAAAUGCAUGGUCGUGUUAAGGUGCGCACUACGGAGGAGGAGCGAGAGCGGAAGAAGAAGGAGCAGGUGCUCAAGAUGCGAGCCUAUCGAGCUGCCAUGGCACGCAUUCAGAGAAAACGCAGCGCCGGGGAACUCGAUGACGAAUUGCUCGGACUGACGGUGCAAGUUCUGCAGCGAAAUCCGGACAUUAGCACAUUGUGGAACAUACGACGAGAGUGUGUGUUAAAGAAGAUUGCCCAGGUGGAGAAGGCGACAGAAGCAGCAGCUGCAUUAGCUCCAGCUGAUAAGGAAGGUGAUGGAGAAGGUGAUAAGGGCGAUGGCGAUAAGGAGGUUGUGAAGGGAAAACCCACAGUGAUGGAGCUGCAGCAAGGUAUCUAUACAACUGAGCUGGAACUCACCGAACAGUGCCUGAUGGUCAAUCCCAAGUCUUAUAAUAGUUGGCAUCAUCGCUGUUGGACCCUGGAGCUCAAUCCGCAAGCCGACUGGCAGCGUGAACUUCAACUGUGCAACAAGUACUUGAAGUAUGAUGAACGCAAUUUCCACACUUGGGAUUACAGGCGCUAUGUGAGCGCCAAGGCGGCGGUGCCUGCCGAGCAGGAGCUCGACUUUUGCACGGACAAAAUCAAGGUGAACUUCUCCAACUAUUCGAGCUGGCAUCAUCGCAGUCUGCUGUUGCCGCUGUUGUAUCCCAAUGAGCAGCACGAUCGACCCAUGAGCGAGCACAAACUGCAGCAGGAACUGGAAAUGGUGCUGACGGCAGCGUUCACCGAUCCCAACGAUAGCAGUGCCUGGUUCUAUCAGCGCUGGCUUCUGGGCGGUGGUGUCCAGUUGGAUGAACCGGCUACUGUCGCCGCCUUUCGUUGUUGGCCUUAUAAAGCACAGUUGGCGUUGAAGAAACCGUGUCCCGAUUUGGCAUCCAUAAAGAUACAAUUGAUAAGCGAGCAGCAAAAGUGGCAAACAGAGUCAUGGAUAUCUGUUAAUCAUGAGAAAACACUUUGGGAAUGCGCCCAUAACAUCGAUAUCAAUUGCAGUCAGGAGUAUGAAUUGGAAGUUGGAGGACAGCGUCAGAAGCUCGAUGGACAUCCAAGUGGCAACAGCAUUUAUUACUUUAUGCCACCUGUGGCUGCUUCCAGCUACAGCAAGGAGUUGCUCACAGAGCUGCAAUCGCAGCUGCAAUCCUGCCUUGAUCUGCUGGAAUACGAGCCGGACAGCAAGUGGACGCUGCUGACCAGUGCUCUAUUGAUGCGCGCCAUUGAUGCAACCACCUACCACGAGCAGAGUCUCGCUCAUUUAGCCAAAUUGGAGCAGGUCGAUGCUCUGCGCAAGGGAUACUACAAGGACUUGGCUGAACGCUGGACAAUGGAACUGGCCUUGGCUAAGUGGCCGCAAGCUUCGAGCUUUCCUCAGUCAUUCGUGAUGCCCAUUAAGAAUCCAAAGAUAUCCUAUUUACAGUAUCUUAUUGUUGCGGACACUGUAGCACAAACUGAGGAGUCGUCCAAUCCCACCGAGUUAUAGCUCUAACGCAACUUAAAAGAUUUAACACUUGGAUGCUGGCCUUAAUAACUUGAAAAUUUGACGCUUUCUGAAACAUUUCAUAUAUGUAGCAACAAUUUAUGUUUAUAUUAUUAGUUUCAUAGAUAUACUACAUAUUUCCCAUUAAGUUAAAAGUCAUGCUUGUAUAUAUUUUAUGUAAUCCACGAUAACUGCUAAUAAAGAACUUUACAUGAAAAUCAAA